GGCCAGGGGAAGAAGAUGGCGACGCUGGGCAGCGAGCCCCAACCUUUCGCCCCUUCGCUCCCGGCUGCAGCUCUGCACCAGCAUCAUCACCAUCACCAUCACCACCAUCUUCAGCACCAUGGCGGGGCCGGGGCAGUAGCUGGCUGUGGGGCCGGAGCCGGGGCGGGGGGCGGCGGGGGUGGCUACAACCUGCCUCUGAACCGAGGUCUGGAGCGGGCGCUCGAGGAGGCGGCCAACUCCGGGGGGCUCAACCUCAGCGCUCGAAAACUGAAGGAGUUUCCCAGGACCGUGGCCCUCGGACAUGACCUUUCAGACACUGUACAGGCAGAUCUCUCCAAGAACAGAUUGAUUGAAGUUCCCAUGGAAUUGUGCCAUUUUGUAUCUCUAGAGAUACUAAAUCUGUAUCACAAUUGUAUCAAAGUUAUUCCGGAGGCCAUCGUCAACUUGCAGAUGCUAACCUACUUAAAUCUGAGUCGCAAUCAGCUGUCAUCGUUGCCGGCCUGCCUGUGUGGUCUCCCUCUCAAAGUCUUAAUUGCAAGUAACAACAAGCUUGGGUCUCUUCCAGAAGAGAUAGGUCAGCUCAAACAGUUAAUGGAAUUGGAUGUCAGCUGCAAUGAGAUCACAGCUCUGCCACAGCAGAUAGGACAACUGAAAUCACUAAGAGAACUGAACAUCAGAAGAAAUUACCUUAAAGUUUUACCACCAGAACUUGUAGAUCUUCCCUUGGUAAAAUUUGAUUUUUCCUGCAAUAAAGUGCUCGUGAUUCCAAUUUGUUUUAGAGAGAUGAAGCAGCUGCAAGUGUUACUGCUUGAAAAUAAUCCCCUCCAGUCCCCUCCAGCACAGAUUUGUACAAAGGGCAAAGUGCACAUAUUCAAGUAUCUGAGCAUACAGGCCUGUCAGAUUAAAACAACCGACUCACUUUAUCUGCAUACUAUGGAGAGGCCAAAUCUACAGCCUAAUGUGGAAGAGAGCAAGAAAGAUUCUGAUUCAGGAGUUGGAAGUGAUAAUGGAGAUAAGCGUUUAUCUGCCACUGAGCCUUCUGAUGAAGAUACUGUCAGCCUUAAUGUACCAAUGUCAAAUAUCAUGGAAGAGGAACAGAUUGUCAAGGAAGAUCCUUGUCAUCGCCUUCGUCCAAUGAAAGGGGAAUUUCAUCAGGAAUUUCAUCAGGAAUCUUCCCUUUUGAAUAACAAUGAUAACUCAGGAGAAGAAAGAGAACAGUUCACUGAUGAAACUGAUGCCCUCUCUACCAAAUUUAUUAGCUAUAUCAAGGGCAGAACAGACGACUGUGAUGAAUUGUUACGGAUAGAAGAGGACACACACUGGCAAACAGAAGGAAUGACAAAUUUGUCAGAUAACCAAGAUGUGGAUAUAUCAAUGAUAGAUCAACUCAGAGAAGCAGUAGAUUUGUUACAGGAUCCCAACAGGUUAAGCACAGAUAUUACAGAGAGAAGUGUCAUGAACCUCUAUCCCAUGGACUCAGCAACAGCCUUAGAAUUACAGGAUUCUACAUUAAAUGGUCAAAUACAGCCAGAAUCAUCUCCUGAUUGUCAGGUGCAAAAUGAUCUGACUUUAGGAAGUAUGGGGAUCCAGUGUUCUCAAAAUGAGAUUAAAGAGGAUUCCCCUGCCAUCUCACCUACUGCAAAUAGCCCAGCUCCAUUUGGCCUGAAACCUCGAUCAGUGUUCUUGAGACCACAAAGGAAUUUGGAAUCCAUAGAUCCUCAGUUUACGAUUAGGAGGAAGAUGGAACAAAUGAGAGAAGAGAAAGAACUCGUGGAGCAACUUCGAGAGAGCAUUGAGAUGAGACUAAAGGUCAGUUUACAUGAAGACCUAGGAGCAGCUCUGAUGGAUGGUGUGGUCCUCUGCCACCUAGUUAAUCAUAUCCGUCCUCGAUCUGUAGCAAGUAUUCACGUCCCCUCACCAGCAGUGCCCAAACUUAGCAUGGCCAAAUGCAGAAGAAAUGUGGAAAACUUUCUAGAAGCAUGCCGAAAAUUAGGAGUUCCAGAGGAAAAACUUUGUCUACCACAUCACAUCCUUGAGGAAAAAGGCCUGGUCAAAGUGAGCAUUACAGUUCAAGCAUUAUUAGAUAUCACUGUAACAAAGGCUUUGUUCACAUGAAACCGCCAUCUCUUCUUUAAAUCAACCCAACUUCACCAGAGGUCAAGAACUCUGCUCCUGAAUUCAGUUACUCCCUUCCCACAGCACUCCUCCAAAUUCCCAAUCCAGAAGCGCAUUGAAAGUCCUUCCAUUGGGAGAGAGAAAUUCUUCCUUUCACAUCUGAAAUCCAGCCUAGAGACUUGAAGUGGUGCAGCCAAGAACUAGCAACCAUUAAGAAAUGAGCAAGCACUUCUAAUCAAUGGAGCUUUCUUCCUCCUUCCAUAUUCACCCGCUGCAUUUACCAAAGCACCGAGGACAGCUGUUUUUGCAGCCAAAUGCAUUCAUUUUAUUAGUACCAAACUCAUACAUUUGGGGGGAGGGAGUUAGGGUUUUCACCAUCAGAUUUUUUCAGGAUGUUGCUUCAGACCCAUUGCCUUUUAAAAACUAUUUAGAACAUACAAAAUAUUUAUAUAAAUAUUAUUUAUUAGUAAGUUGUUAUUCAUCCUUUGGAUGCAAAAUGUAAAUUAGAAAACUGUAUUUUAUUACUGCUUUUUUGUGGUUAAACACUUUAUUUUAAUAUUAUAAAUAUUUAGUUAUUUUCUAUCCUAUUUGGUGUGCAGUAGUUGUAGACUUUAGUAAUCAUGUUUUCUAGUGUAUACGAUUUUUUAAGAAUUCCACAAAAUAGGUGCUUCAAUGACAGCUGUUUUCUUGGGGAGGCAUUGUUCGUAUUUUGCUUUGUGGAACAUCAGCCUAAUUUCUAUCUCUGCAUUCCAUUCAAUUUCUUACAUUCCAGCAGUCCUGUUGUCCCCUACACUAAUGAAUUGACUUAAAUCAGGAGAGCACCCACAAUUUAUUUGUAAAUAGCUGUGAUGAUAAAAAGGAAAGAUUAAACUUGAAGACAAAAUGUGAACAACUAUUUUUUUUGAUUGAUACUUAUUUUUACUAUGCACAAGACAUUAAACUUUUAACACAAAGAAUAGGAGUUAGCAUCAUGAAUCUUGAAAUAUAAUUUUGCACUGUAACCUGGGUAACUUAAAAGAGUUCAGCACUAGAGGCAGAUACUGAGAAAACAGCACAAGAAAGUGAAGAUAAAAAGUUUACUCUUUAACCAAAAAGGUCUUUAGUGGGCCCGGCAUAAAAGGAAAAGUAUUGAUGAAGUUGUCAAAGUUCAUUUAAGGUCCAUUGCACCUGGAUUCAGUGGAGUGAUACUUUUUACAACUGCCAUUUUUUUUAAAAAAGGAAAAGUUUCUGAGAUGUAAAAAGUUUAUUUUAUUCUAUUUUAGUGGGUGGGCUAGGGUUGGGGUGGGGGAGGAAAGGAAUUUUUAGGGUUUCCAGGCAAUUCUUAAAAGAAUGCAAGAUUUUUUUUCUUUGUCGUGAAACCCCAGAAAUGAAUCUCAAGUCCUCAGGCCAGCCAUGUGAAGAUGCUGCAUGUAGUCUAAAGGGCGUCUGGUAGAGACAGCAGAGCAAGAAAGCUUAGGAUCAUAGGUGAAGAACUGGAAGGGACCCCACAAGGGCUUCAGUCCAACCCCUUCAUUUUAUAGAUGAGGAAACUAAGACCCAGGGAGCUAAGCAAGUGUAGGUUUAUGAAGCAGCAGGGUGAAGGAGAGAAUAGAGAGAGCACUAGAAAAGAACCAGCCAGGAAAAUACACAGAGGCAAAGAUAGUGGUUUGAAAGACUUAGCUGUGUUUCAAUCACACCACAACCUAUUUUAGGCAGUUUAUGUGUGUUCACUCUGAUGCUGCAUUUACAGAGACCAAUAUUCCGAUAUUCUUUCAAAGUCUUGCAUAUAUGUGAAUGAAUGCCAACCACAUUUCCCAAACGGCAGAGGGCAAUUGUCAUCAUUAUAUUCAUCAGCGGGCGGCGCAGCACCUGGUGAGGAAGCUAACGGGGAACUCAGCGGCAAUUGACUGGGAGGACAGCGUGCAUUAAAUGUUAACUAACUUUAACCAAAGCAGAAGCUUGUGUUCCAAGGAAGAGGCAUUAGCUGAAGAGUAAUUUGGAUUGGCGGCGAGCAUAUUGUUUCCUAUAUGAUGUACUGUGCACUUUAACGCUAAAUUAAAAAUGUAUUUUAAUAUUUCCCAGGGCUGCACAAAUACCUGUUGUGUCAAACAGCACAAAAGGUGGAAAGAAGAGAGAUUCUGAACAGAGUAUAUACAAUUUAAAAAACAUUCGAAGAUUGAUUAUAUGAAUAGGAAUAUUAAUUGCUGCAUCUCGAGGGGCAAGAAUGCAGGGUCCUGAAGUAUUUUUUUUACAUGUAUAUAUGGCAUCAUGAAGCUUUGUAAUCAUUGUUUUGAGAGAUCUUGGUUUUUUCAAAAUUAAAAUAUUUCUUUUGA